CAGGUAUUUCCUCAUCCAUGGUUCCGAAGUGCCCUAGGUUGGCCCGCCUACUCCAACCUCUACUGCCCCCUUUCUCCGAAGUCCAAGUGCCGCCAGAUAGUCUCGCCGGUGCGCUUGCGCCAAAUAGUGCCGCCUGCUGCGACGAGGGCAAUUUCUUCUCUCGUUUCGAUUUUGUGCUUGUGUUGGGGAGGUUGGCGCGUGCGCAGACGCAGUCACAGUGGCCGUCCGGUCCGCUUUUCCUAUUUCUUCCACGCUUUCCCUUCGCCGGCGAGGAACUUCUUCCGGUGGCUGCCCGGAACCGGCAAUUGCGAGGGGGCUUAGAGGGAAGCGAUGGCGGCGGGAAGUGGGGGAAGCUGCCUCGAUGCGCUGGGCCCCGGGGAGCUGCUGUCGGCGGCGCACGCCCUCUCUCUGCCAGCCGAGGCCUACGGCAACGACCCUAACAUUGAGAUGGUUUGGGCCAUGAAGGCUAUGCAGCAUGCUGAGGUUUAUUACAAUCUAAUUUCUUCAGUUGACCCCCUGUUCCUAAGACUCACUAAAGUGGAUGACCAGAUCUAUUCAGAGUUCCGGGAGAGUUUUGGAAAACUCAAGAUAGAUGUGUUGGACCCAGAAGAGCUCAAAUCAGAACCAGCUAAAGAAAAGUGGAGACCAUUUUGCAUGAAGUUCAAUGGUAUUGUUGAAGAUUUCAAUUAUGGUACACUGCUGCGGCUGGAUUGUACUCAGGGAUAUAGUGAAGAAAACACUAUCUUUGCUACCAGGAUACAGUUUUUUGCUAUUGAAAUAGCUCGGAACAGGGAAGGUUAUAAUAGAGCUGUUUACAACGGUGGUCAGCAGAAUGGAGCAUCAGAAAAAGACAGUACUAUGCCCAGGUAAAGGCUGCAGGAGCCCUCAGUCUUUCAGAUCACUGAAUCUAAUAUCCAAGGGAACUUGCAGAAACCUUUGUGGAUUAAAGAGGCAUCAUCAUUUGAUUUGCCAUCUGCUGUGUGUAGUUUCCUGAUUCGACCACUGGAGUUGUCACACAAACUUCUCAGGGCGUAGUUGAACAAAAGAGGCAGUGUUCAGAACUGUUCAAGGAGCAAUCAGUCAACAAAAAACCUGAUCUUAUGAAUGGUAUGGAUAUAGGCCAUACCUUUAAAAAAAAAAAUACAAAAAUACAAGACAUGUUGUUUUGGUGAACUUUAUAUGCGGGGAAACUUUUAUAAAAAGGACUUUCUUUGUAUUUUAUCUUUCUGAAUCUUACUCAUUGUUCUCAGAACCAAAUAGUUCCAGAAACAUGUGCUCUUUAAUUGCUCUAACUUGUAAGGCAACUAUAAAACAAAUUUCAACUUUGCUAUAUCUCUUGUACAUUUGUGGCUAGAAGUAGGUUUGUUUAUAAUGCUAAUUGGCUAGCUACUGGCAAUAUACCAACCAUUAUAUGCUUUAAUAUCCAUGCUUAUGGUUAGAACACUUAAACAACUGGAUGAGAAUAAAUUCAGUAGAAACCAUUGAA